AUGGUGGAUCCUACGCAAACACCACCUCCUCCCGGAGGUCGUGGAGGCGGAGGCGGCGGCACCAACGUCAAUUCCGGCUGCUCCAACAACAAUCCCGGCAGAGGAAGUGGAUUUACCAUGCCAGAAAUGCCCAGUUUCAUGACAAACAACAAUUUUAACGGUGGGAUUGGUUAUGGCAGAGGAGAUCCCAACAACAACCUUUAUGGGUUUGGUUAUGGCUACCCAUUUGAUAGUGGUUACGGUAACUCAAGAGGUGGAGGUCAAAAUAACUCUCUUCAGGUUAAUGUUCAGAAACUAGAUGGCUCAAACUACCCUGAAUGGUCCCAAACUGUUCGACUUAUUCUAGAGGGCAAAGGGAAGUUGGGUUUUCUUACAGGUGAUGUUCUGAUGCCUGCAACAACACAUCCUAAUUACAGGUUCUGGAAAUCUGAAAACUCUUCUAUUAUUGCCUAA